AUGGGUUCUGCUGCCUCUCAUCAAACUCGAGAUGUGACUUUCCACCCCGACGAUAUUGUAAUUAGCGAAGAUGUAAUUAAGCGAAUCAAAAAUGCUGCUACCACCGAGGAUAAUACGAAAGAUGACGUUCGUGCCCCAGAAUCGUUCAAACCGCAAUAUAGCCUAGGUUUAAAACAUGAACUAGAAGAGGCAGAAAGAAGAUACGAAAAGCUCCUGCAACUAUUAGAAAAACGUAAUGAACAACUGUUCAACGAGGCUGCAGAAGAAUAUACACGGACAGUUGAGCGUUUAGAAAACAAGUACAUGAGACCUACUCCUGGGGGGUGUUGUGCUGCAGCUGAACAAAGAGUCGAAGAUUGUUAUAAGCAGAAUCCUGGAAGAAUACUUUUGUGUUCCAAACUUGUUUCAGAGUAUGAUCGUUGUGUGCAAAAUUUCCUUGUCACUAUGUCUAGGAAAGUGUCAAAUGCUGCCUGA